AGGAGGCGGCUGGGGUUGGUGGGGAGACUUGCCCGGCGCGCAGGGGCCUGUUUGCCUUUGCUCCGGCCACGGGGAGCUCACACUGGCCGCCGGCGAGCGAGGCGCGGUGUGACCUUGAGGGCAGCCGGGAAGCGACGCUCGCCUUCGGCUCCAGCGGCCCCCCGCCAUCCCGCGCUCUGCUGCUUGCGCCUGAGGGCAGAAGCGGGAUUUGAGCGCCCCUGACGCCAGCCCCGGCUGCGCGUUGCCUGCCCUGUCCGCCCGCCCGGGCGCUGCUUGAUCUUAGGAUGGGCCGCUGGGCACCGGUCAGGUUAAGGUGCUUCUUGGUCUCCGGUUCGCGCUGCCCGGUUAAGUAGCCGAGAUUAGACGCCACCACUGCAUGGCAUUAUCAUCCCCGGCGGCCUCGGUCUUUACCCAGACGCAACCGGCCAGCCCUUCUGUGGAGAAGUGUGCGGGUCGAUGGGGUGAUUCGACCCUUGGGGCUGGGUUCUGAUUAUCCUUUUCCCCCACCUGCAAGCCGCUUUUGCUUCUCUGGCACGACUCUCUUUCGCUCGGAGAUAGUAGCUGCGAAUUAAACAGAUUGUCAGACAUUCUUCUUCUCUGCCUUGCAAAAAAACCCCUCUCGUUUAUCAUGGUAUUAAUGUGCCUUAUUAAUGGCUAAACGUCUUGUGUAUGGUUCGAUCCUGAACUCGGAUUAAAGGCAUUUUUUUGAAACGACCCUGAAAGGCAACAUGUGCUGGUGAAGCUGACCAAAACAGUCCUUCCGGAAUGUAUUUGGUUGGUGUGAAAGCAAGGUGGUCUUCGGCUUGUCCCAUGGCCUUGCUGGAACCCUGCCUCCAAAGACAGGGUUUGCAGGACAGUGUCAUCAUCGCUGCCAAGUGGUAUGUCUAACCUUUGGAUGUCACAACAUAUUGUUUUCCCCUCCCACCUGAAGCAGAAUGAAGGAACCAACUAUGGGAUUGUACACAAGAUAACGCUCCUGGAAAGGGUGUCUAAUGGCUCGCUCUUCACUCUGGGUGGUUUAUAUCUGCUCUUUUGAUGAUUUUCAUAUCUAAAGGAUUUACUUUCCUUGUGGAAAUAUUUGAAGUAAACUCUUCCUUGGAAACUACAUCCUCCCCUUGAACACUGUACAUCAUGGGAGACAUGGCCAACAACUCGGUAGCAUACAGUGGUGUAAAAUACACUAUAAAAGAUUCUAAUCAUGGAGACUUUGGAAUCACACUUGAAGAGCUUCGAGACCUUAUGGAAUUGCGUGCUGCAGAUGCUUUGCAUAAAAUACAAGAAUUCUAUGGAGAUGUGUAUGGAAUCUGUACAAGAUUGAAAACUUCUCCAAAUGAAGGCUUAAGUGGAAACCCAGCAGAUAUAGAGAGGAGAGCAGCUGUGUUCGGGAAGAACUUUAUACCUCCUAAAAAGCCAAAAACAUUUCUUCAGUUAGUAUGGGAAGCACUGCAAGAUGUUACAUUAAUUAUACUAGAAAUUGCAGCCAUAGUAUCAUUGGGCCUUUCUUUUUACCAACCUCCAGGAGGGAAUGAAAAAUUAUGUGGAGGACUGUCAGCUGGUGAAGAAGAAGAAGAAGGUGAAACAGGCUGGAUUGAAGGAGCUGCAAUCCUCCUGUCUGUCGUUUGCGUGGUAUUAGUCACGGCUUUCAAUGACUGGAGUAAAGAGAAGCAAUUUAGGGGUUUGCAGAGCCGCAUUGAACAAGAACAGAAGUUUACUGUAAUCAGGGAUGGCCAAGUCAUCCAAAUCCCUAUAGCUGAUAUCGUUGUUGGUGAUAUUGCACAAGUAAAAUAUGGUGACCUUUUACCAGCAGAUGGUGUACUUAUACAAGGAAAUGACCUCAAAAUUGAUGAAAGUUCACUGACUGGAGAAUCCGAUCAUGUUAAGAAAAUGUUGGAUCGAGAUCCUAUGUUGCUCUCAGGUACUCAUGUAAUGGAAGGAUCAGGAAGGAUGGUUGUUACUGCUGUAGGUGUGAACUCACAAACUGGAAUUAUAUUUACCUUGCUUGGUGCUGGAAGUGAUGAUGAGGAAGAGAAGAAGGAAAAGGAGAAAAAGGACAAGAAAAGUAAAAAACAAGAUGGUGCUAUUGAAAAUCGUAACAAAGCAAAAGCUCAAGAUGGUGCAGCCAUGGAAAUGCAACCCCUGAAAAGCGAAGAUGGCGGUGAUGGAGAUGACAAAAAAAGAAACAAUAUGCCCAAGAAAGAGAAAUCAGUCUUGCAAGGGAAACUCACAAAAUUAGCAGUUCAGAUUGGCAAAGCAGGAUUGCUGAUGUCCGCAGUCACAGUCAUCAUACUUGUAUUGUACUUUGUAAUUGAUACCUUCUGGGUCCAGCAACGACCUUGGCUUGCUGAGUGUACACCAAUAUACAUUCAGUAUUUUGUGAAGUUCUUCAUCAUUGGUGUUACUGUCCUGGUUGUGGCAGUUCCAGAGGGCCUUCCACUUGCGGUUACUAUUUCACUGGCUUAUUCUGUAAAGAAAAUGAUGAAAGAUAAUAACUUGGUCAGACAUCUGGAUGCUUGUGAAACAAUGGGAAAUGCAACAGCCAUUUGCUCAGAUAAAACAGGAACACUUACAAUGAACAGAAUGACAGUAGUUCAGGCUUACAUAAGUGAAAAACACUAUAAAAAAAUUCCAGAACCAUCAGCUAUUCCUGAGAAAACACUGUCAUACCUUGUAACUGGAAUCUCUGUGAACUCUGCAUAUACUUCCAAAAUCCUGCCUCCAGAAAAAGAAGGUGGUCUGCCCCGCCAUGUUGGUAAUAAAACUGAAUGUGCCUUGCUGGGACUAGUUCUUGAUUUGAAACGAGAUUAUCAGGAUGUUAGAAAUGAAAUACCGGAAGAGGCACUCUACAAAGUCUACACCUUCAACUCUGUUAGAAAAUCUAUGAGUACUGUGCUCAAGAAUUCUGACGGCAGUUUUCGGAUAUUCAGCAAGGGUGCCUCUGAGAUAGUACUUAAAAAGUGUUUCAAGAUACUGAGUGCUAAUGGGGAAUCAAAAGUUUUCAGACCAAGGGAUCGCGAUGAUAUUGUAAAAACUGUGAUUGAGCCUAUGGCCUCAGAAGGACUCAGAACAAUAUGUCUGGCAUUCAGAGACUUUGCAGCAGGAGAACCUGAGCCAGAAUGGGACAAUGAAAAUGACAUUGUCACUGGUCUGACAUGCAUUGCUGUUGUAGGCAUUGAAGAUCCUGUGAGGCCAGAGGUACCAGAUGCAAUUAAAAAAUGCCAACGUGCUGGUAUAACUGUACGUAUGGUUACUGGGGAUAAUAUCAACACUGCCCGUGCUAUUGCUUUAAAGUGCAGCAUUUUGCACCCUGGUGAAGACUUCUUAUGCAUAGAAGGCAAAGAAUUCAACAGACGAAUACGUAAUGAAAAAGGAGAGAUAGAACAGGAGCGUAUAGACAAAAUUUGGCCAAAGCUCCGUGUACUUGCAAGGUCUUCCCCAACUGACAAGCAUACCUUGGUAAAAGGAAUAAUAGACAGCACGGUCUCGGAACAGAGGCAAGUUGUAGCAGUGACGGGUGAUGGUACCAAUGAUGGCCCAGCACUAAAAAAAGCAGAUGUUGGCUUUGCUAUGGGUAUUGCUGGAACAGAUGUAGCUAAAGAAGCUUCUGAUAUUAUUCUUACAGAUGACAACUUUACAAGCAUUGUUAAAGCAGUUAUGUGGGGGCGAAAUGUGUAUGACAGUAUCUCAAAAUUCCUUCAGUUCCAGCUUACUGUCAAUGUAGUAGCAGUAAUUGUUGCUUUCACAGGAGCAUGUAUCACACAAGAUUCUCCACUUAAAGCUGUGCAGAUGUUGUGGGUAAAUCUCAUAAUGGACACACUGGCGUCACUGGCUUUGGCAACAGAACCACCUACAGAAUCUCUCUUGCUACGAAAACCUUACGGUAGAAACAAACCCCUCAUCUCACGUACAAUGAUGAAGAAUAUUCUGGGACAUGCUGUCUAUCAGCUUGUAGUUGUCUUUACACUUCUGUUUGCUGGUGAAACCAUCUUUGACAUCGAUAGUGGAAGGAACGCACCUCUGCAUGCUCCUCCUUCAGAGCACUAUACUAUUGUAUUUAAUACAUUUGUGAUGAUGCAGCUUUUUAAUGAAAUAAAUGCCCGAAAAAUUCAUGGUGAAAGGAAUGUAUUUGAAGGAAUUUUCAACAAUGUGAUCUUCUGUACUAUAGUUCUUGGCACAUUUGUUGUACAAAUAGUUAUUGUGCAGUUUGGUGGAAAACCUUUCAGUUGUUCAGAGCUUACAGUAGAACAGUGGCUGUGGUCAAUUUUUCUAGGAAUGGGAACACUUCUUUGGGGCCAGUUGAUAUCAACAAUUCCAACCAGCCAAUUGAAAUUCCUAAAGGAAGCUGGCCAUGGAACACAAAAGGAGGAGAUUCCAGAAGAGGAAUUGGCAGAAGAUGCAGAGGAAAUUGAUCAUGCUGAAAGGGAACUACGGCGUGGUCAGAUCUUGUGGUUUAGGGGCCUAAACAGGAUACAAACUCAGAUGGAUGUAGUGAAUGCUUUCCAGAGUGGAACUUCCAUUCAGGGGGCUCUAAGGCGGCAACCUUCCAUCGCCAGCCAGCAUCAUGAUAUCCGAGUGGUGAAUGCGUUUCGUAGCUCCUUAUACGAAGGAUUAGAAAAACCUGAGACACGAAGUUCAAUCCACAAUUUUAUGACUCAUCCGGAGUUUAGAAUAGAAGAUUCUGAGACUCAUAUUCCCCUUAUUGAUGAUACUGAUGCUGAAGAUGAUGCUCCAACAAAACGCAACUCAACUCCUCUUCCACCCUCUCCCAACAAAAAUAACAAUGCGGUUGACAGUGGAAUUCAUCUUACAACAGACUUGAACAAGUCUGCUACCUCUUCAUCCCCAGGGAGCCCACUACAUAGUUUGGAAACAUCACUCUGAUUGUAAGCUGAAUGUUGACACAUUAGCUGCAUUGUAAAGAAACAAAUGGAAACUGGGUCUUCUCACUCAUGGUGAUGGGCAAGAUGGUAUUCUUGUCUUGGACUUCAACAAGAAGAUACACUUGUACGAAUGUAGAUUUAUUUUUUUAAAGAAGCUUUCUGCCAGACUUGAGGGUGCUUUUGUGGGGGGGGGGGGAGUAAUAAUGAACUCUGACAGAUAAACAGUAACUUGGCAUAAGUGACCUGUGGAUCAUCAGCUGUACUUCAGAAUGGCCCUUGAGAGUGCGUUAGAGCUUUAGUUUCUUGUUCCUUUUUGAGAAGAGCGCUGGGAAGGGCAAGGGAGCCCUGGAUCACUGAAUUGAUGCUUUAAUUUCUGCUGUUGGCUGUUAAUAAUUUGGAUUAUUUAUGUUUAUAAAUGAUACAGAUCUGUUUACAAGGUUUGUAGAUACUUUUUGUUCCUGUUCAUAGAUGGGAAGCUUCCUUUAUAAAUGAUGCAGAAAAAAAAUAGUCCAUCAAAUACUGCUGUAUUUUCAGGAAAGGGUGUUUCUAUUGAAACUGUACUAAAUUUUUGCCUGCAAUUUACCUUGUUAAAUAUUGUAGAUAAAAUUGCUACUACUAAUAGCCAAAUAGGUAACACUAAUGCUUUGUAAAAAAAAAAGAAAAGAAACAAAAACCAUGAGCAGUGGUGUUCUAAUGAAGUUAUGGCCUCUGUCCUAAUUAGUUUCUUAAACAUUUACUACUUAAUGGUUUUGAAACAACUGUUAAAUUUUUAAAAAUUGAGAAACUUACUGAAUAACUUCUGUUCAGAAUUUAGUAGAGGAUUGUUUAAUGCAGGACAAUGUGAUGGAACUUGCUUGAAAUACUUUUGUUAUCUCAGGCAAAAUGGAUUAAAUCAAUACAUCAUAACUUCAGUCCUUUUUGUUUUUGUUUAAACACAGUAGCUUAGUGCUGUCUUGGUGAACUGUGAGUGGAGCUGUUUAUUUUUCUGAACUUUAGAAUCCGUUCAGCAUGAGGGCUUCUGGCAUUUGGAAAGUUGAGUAGGUAGCAUACAUGCUUUUUUGUUUUGAAAUUCAUUUGUGUAAAAAUAAAUCAGUCCUUUUUUUUUUAAAUGCAGCAAUGGUUUUUGGAGGAUUCAACAAAUCCUUUACAAAUAUUACCAGUUUAAAAUUAUUGAAUUAGAUGUUGAUGUAUCCUUGAUUUUGUAUGGAUGAUCGUGGAAGUAAUUCUUAAAAUAUUCACUAUUCUCAUUGGUGAAACAAAUAAGACCUGGAAAUGAAUCAGACUGGAAGCUUUCUCAAGGCUAAAACUUGAUAUUGAUGGCAAAAGGUGUUCUAUAGGUUACUCUUGGCUACUUAAACAAAAUCAUAGUUUGGAAAUGUAGUUGGAUGGUAAACCUUGACAGUCCUUGUAAGCAGUCUUCUGGGGCCAAAUACUGUCGUCAAGAAGCUAAAUAUUGACAUGUGAGUCACUGCAAACUGGAUUUUUGGAAAGCAACAUUUUGUUAUACUCCACUCCUCUAUUGCUUUUCUGCCUCUAACCUCUACUCCCAAGGGUCCUGGAUACUCUCUUCUUUUGCCAGUGAAGCCAAACAAGGAAUAAGAAUACUGAAGAAAAUAAGUAGCUCAGAUAAGUAGUCUGAAGUACUGCCAAGUGGGGAAGUGAUGCAGUUUUCUUAGCAGCUUCUUGUGUUCUGAGCUAUGGCUGAAGGCACCUAUUCACUCUCUGGAAUGACCUGUUGUCCAAUAAAAUCCUUUUGUGAGAGUUGUGCCUUGCAUGCCAGGUUCCCUUACAAGAAUCUCAGCUGUGAAGAUUAGCAUUGACUUGUCCCACUUGAGAAAUCAAUAGUUGGGGGAAGCAGAGGAAAAUGGUAGGAAUGCAUCAUAUGUGAAGAUGCAGAAUUAAAAUAUCAAGUAAUAUGGCCACCUGUGGGCUUGAGUCACCUGGAGUUAAUGCCCAAAGGGAUUGUCACAGUUUACUUUGAAUUGAUCCUAAUAAAUUUCCAAGUAAAAUAUUCAGGACUAGUGUUCAAACAAUUUUUCACUGGGCAAUACCUAUCCACCCUUAAGCCUUGAUGCAUUGCAUCCCACUGUCAACCACCCUCCAAAGUUUCAUGGAUGGUUGCCCCAGUCCCAUCUGGAAAGCUCACUCCUUCUAGUCACAUCAUAUUUGAAUUAUUAUGUAACAAUUAUUCCAGAGGCAGAUUCUUAUAAUGGAAGACAAAUAUAUGUUGGGAAUAGGAUAAGACUCUUAUUAGCAGGAAGAGUAUGUUUGCAAUGUCUAUAACAGAGUGGAAUUUAACUGUUGAAACUAUCCAGCUAAGUGAGAGUCAAUGUAAUAGUAUGUUACCUUUUUACCUUCAUAUUUGAACACAAACCUGUUUUUUUUCCCCUUCUGUCUUAAUGGUAGUCAUGGCUACAAUCUAAUGUCAAAAUCUACUGUGACUUCUACAUUUCAGACCUGUGGAGGAAACUUAAAUGUAGACUUUGUACACAAAUUAUCCUCUUUGAUCCUGUUGACCAGCAGUACAUUGAGUCUUAAUAGCAGGUGUAAGUGAAAUCUAAAAUCAGGAAUACUUGUUCUUAAUUUUACUACUGUGAAAGCAAAAUACCAUAACAUCAUGUUAGUUACCAAAACAUUACCGCUUUUCAAUUGCUGAGCCCCACAUUGCUUUUCUGGUUGUAAGGCUUGCUUACCUUGCUCAAUGUAACUUAAAUAAAUAAAUGUGCUGUUUAUCUGUC